CAGAAACGAUGACGAGAGGGUGAAUUUGAUGCCGGUGUGAAGCCUCGCGUGACUCUAUGCAGGUGGCGCACUUUUCCAACGAGCCGCUCGAGAAGAGACUGGCCUUCCUCUCGUCUCUCGAAGAAAACGAAGCCUCGGGGAAGCUCACCGGCCAGCACACAGAGGAGGCGGCAGGCGGAGAGGGGGAGGGGGAGGGAGGGGAAGGAGAGGCCGCCGACCACCACCACAAGCACCACCAUCACCACCACCACGAAGAUGAGCUGAGAGAGGCCGCCGGCAACAAGGGGAACCACAGCGGGCGGCACGCCCAUGGCCACGGCAACCAGCAUGCGCUUCCGGAGGGGCGUGAGGGCCUCAAGAGGGUGCGGUCGCUAUCUGACGUGACGUCGCAGCAGCGGGCCAGGUACUGCUCGUCCCGCUGCUCAAGGGGUGUUUUGUCCCCAUGCAGACACACACGCGAAGAGAAGCACAAAUCUGUCGUCUCCUGCCUGGCGGUGUGUGGACAGGUACGAGAGCGACGCCUCAUCGGAUGAGAGCGACGCCGCCAGGCGCAAGAAGCGGAGGCGGCCAUCUCAUGACGAGCACGACGAGGAGCGGCACUCUCGGCACAACAAGAAAAACCACCACAAGAAGAAACACAACUCCCACCACCACGGCCACGGCCACCAUCAUCACAAGAAGCACCGCGGCAACAAUUCUGAGAGCGAGAGCGAUGACGUCCGUGACCACCAUGAGCGGCACAAGAACAGGAAGCGCCACAACCACCCCAAGAAGCGGCACAACAAGAGGGCACACCGGUCGCUCAGCCCCGUGAGACACUCACACUCCCACUCGUCGUCCAAAGGGGGCCAGACCAACGAGGUCGACAAGCACCGGUUUGAGUCCAAGGACCCUGCCGUGGCGAUGGCCCUGCGGCUCAUGAGCGGCAAAAGCCCUUCGCCAAGCCCUACAUGAGCGACCGACUUGGGGGUGGCUGAAUGCAUUGAUUGCAAUGGGUGUAGGGGGAUGGGAUGGGAUGGAAGCCGUGUGUGUGUGUGUGUCUGUCGGAGUAAGACUCUCCCCUACUUGCCAUUGUGGUGGUUAAAAGGUGGGGAGGGAGGGAGGGAGGGAGGGAGGGAGAAGAGAGGCUCUAUCUGUUUCGGGUCAGCUGUUUUCCCUUUUUCCCUCAGCGAGCGGCCGGCACGUCUCUUAACUGCAUCUGCAUGCAGAGCAAGGCCGCACUUUUCUCUUGAUGCAUUGUAUGUUGGUGGACGUUCUUCGCCACGCUGUCGUAACGGUCGAUGGAGAGCUUGUGAGCAAGUCUCUGUGUCGGACGUCGCGACAAGCGCAGCGAAGAACGGUCAUCAACCACAUGCCGACCACAUGGUGCUUCAAGCCAGAUGCCGUACCUUUUCCUUCCUGGUGCAUUCCCUCCUGCCUGUCCUUUGUCCUUGUGUUUCCUGCGUUGCCGGUGCGGGGAUGAAUCGAGAGGCAGAGCUGCACACCUCUGGCUCAUGAUUCGUUGCCCGGGAGGUCACGCAGGAGGCAAGGGCUGAGGUGCAGGCGGGCGACACAGACAGAUGGAAGAAUUGGUUGACACGGAGAGAGACAGAUGAGGGUGGCUGAGAGAUGGGGUGGGAGAGAGGGAGGGAGGGAGGGCCUGGGUGAGAGAGCGGUGUGUGUAUUUUUUGUCAGCAUCGACGUGCGAGCAUCUGUGCGUGAACUGUCUGCGUAUCUGUGUGUGCCUGUCUGUCUGCGUGUGCGUGUGUGCGCGCGAUACCGUCUCUCCACUGUUUUGGAGGACGUCAGUCAAGUGAUCUGAAUCAAUCGUACGAUGGAUGACCCGCUCGUGCGUGAUGCUGACACCGAUGCUCUCUCUGUAAUUCUAUCAUGACCAGCCAGCCUGACUAUUAUGUGUGGUGCCUGUAUGGAUGCAUGGAGACUCGUGUGAGUGCGUGUGCGUGGAUGAUGGAUGAGUGUUAACAUAGUUGUG